UGUAUGUAAAAAUGGUUGUGUUUGAUUUCGGGAGGGGCCAGGGCCUCCCCUACUGAGUAUGUGCCUGCUGUCAUAAUUUACCGAGAGUAACCAAUUGAAUCAAUAUAGUAUAUUUUGGUGAGACUACGAAGAAGAAAUUCAUACACUGCACAUGAGAUUAAUCUAUUUGCUGUAAUGCAUACCUACCAGUUCUAUCCUGUUCUACCUAUCGUAUUGUGAAAGUGACAAAGCUAUCAGUCCUGCCUGCCUUCAAUGCCUAUAUACAUAUUGGGCUUUGUGUUCAGUUUGUCGAUGACUUUGUUUUGGUAUGCGAUCGGCACCGGCACGAUCAUUCUAAGCAUCCGAGACUCAGUUUUUUUACGUUGCGGUUGAGCUUCCCGAUCACAAGACACUGCUCCGAAACGAAUAUUUUGUGAAUUCUCUCGUGCCAGCCGGAUGGAUCAGAUCAGCGGGGAGGACAGCAGUAUAUCGAGCUUAGACGAACCGCCCGGCAUACCACGUGUAGAUGUUGUGUAUCUCACCUAUAACGGCAAGAGAAUCCGACCAACGAUCGCACUGGACAACGUCUGUACGGUCAGUUUGUACGAGCUGAAGAAGCACCGUUACACGAAAAAGAUUCAAAGGACGCAGAUGGGUACUGAUGCAUAUCAGCAUUACAAAUGGUACAACACAGUUUUAUCCAAUAAGUUAAAGGAACAAGGCGGACCGGUGCUACUGAAAGUGUUUCACUGGUACAUCGAGACGCCGAAGGUGGACGCUUUCAAGGUGGGAAACAUCCUGUACGACGCGGUUUCGCUGAUCAUUGUUGCACACGUUGAACACUGGUACUGUGCGAAGCGAGGCAACAGCAUAUACGGUAGUCGGUUACGGUUGGAGAAUGGCAAAAAACAGGCAACCGAUUCCACGGAACAGUGCAGAGCCCGUAUAGUGGAUUGUCUGGUCAAACCGGACGCGCAACGAACCGAUAAACAGGUGAACCGGCGCUCCCGACGGCUUUCGCUCGGUACGAUCAGUGAAGAAUGAUGGUUGUGAUUCAUAAUCUACUUUUUUAUUCAACAUUCUGUACCUUCAGACAUUGUAACACGUUUUUUUUUGUAAUUUUAUAUCAAUGUUGUUGCACAAAUCAUUUAUGUAUCUGAUUUUAAACGUCAAUGUUUCGUUUUUAAUUCAACAUAUGUAACUGUUUUUUUUUGUUUUUCAAAACAAGACAAAAUAUCAUCUUUCUGCGUAAACUCACUUGGUGAUCAUCAUAAGAGAAAUAAAAUAAUACUUGUUCACAAAGUAACUCAACACGUAUAUAGCCAUGAAAAAAAUAAAUAGUUUUUUUUGUUUGUCUCAUAAUAAGUUAACACGUUUGUUUUUUUUUUGGGAUGGGAAUUUGGUUUGUCAUGAAUGAGUUGUUUUGUGUUUUUUUUU